AUGACUUCUGUCAUCAGCGCUCAGGCUACAGCUCCAUCGGCAUUCGUGACUAUCAGUGAGUUUAAUGCAGUCGGCACACUUGAAAAGCCGGCAGAGUACUGAUGCAGCAGGCUUGAACUUCUUCCAGUUUCGAAGGUCGUCUCGAACGCCAAGUCCCUGGCCUCGGAAGCCACCGCGACCGCAGCUGCGGUUGGCUCGAGCGUUACAAGCUACUCGACGACGCAUUUUAGCCCUGUGAACAAAUGUAUGGCACUUCCAGAGACGACGGUAUGCUCUACUUCUCUAUGGUGUUGUCCCAGGGUGCUACGCAGAAGCUAAAAUUUCCGUAUUCGACCCGUCUUCGCCGACUUUUGCCCAUCUCCGUGCUGCGCUUCUCGACCCAUACAGAAAAUCAUCAUUUACGUCUGCGUCGGUCUCUUCAUCCUCGUUCUCAUGGGCCUUAUGGUCCUUUGGGUCAUGGGUCGAUCGGAGGAGAAGGCCGAUCGGAGGCGAGAAUUGGAACUGCCGAUGCGGUCACCGGUCGUCACCUUUGACGAGGGGGCGAGCUGGACGAACUCGAGUAGCAGGACAAUAGGCGGACCUUGGGAGCGGAAGAAGAGUUGGGUCUAUAGGGGUGAUGAUUAG